AUGGCCGACCCCACCACCGAAGAACCCCAAAUCACCUUCACCCAGAUCGACGUUGACCUCGACGUACAAGAGAUCCUACUCGCUGCCUCCCAACACGACCUUGCGAAGCUGCGCCGACUCGUGCGGACCCAAUCGCAGCUCCCUGACGCAGCCAAUGUCAAGGACCCGGAAACAGGCUAUUCGCCUCUGCACUCCGCAAUCGCUGCCUGCGAACCCGAAACAGACGACAAGGCGAACGGCGCGACCAGCACUAUUGAUCCCGAGGUGUUGAAAUCCGGCGUUGAAACAGUCAAGCUCCUCCUCCAGGAGGGCGCAAUCUGGAAUGACCUCGACAAGAACAACGAGACACCAGGCUGUCUCGCCCGGCGCAUCGGCGCAAUGGAGCUGUACGAUCUGAUCGUCGACGCCGGUGUGCGUGCUGAGAUGCUUAUGAACCGAUUGGACGGAUACGAAGAACUUUCCGACGAGGACGAAGACGAAGAGAAAGAGGAGGGUGAAGGCGACGAAGAGUCCAGGAUAGCACCACAGCUAGUCGACGCCUCCGCAGAGCAAGCAAGCACCUCAACAGACGCACCGGCAAACCCAGAAGUCACUAACCGGGGCUACCUCGACUCGAACCUAACUAUCCAAAAAGACCGGAUUCUCGAUUCAGACCAGAACGGCGUCAUGAUGGAGUGGGAAAGUGAGAUUAUGCGCAAAUCCGCAGAAAAGCUCCUUCCUACCCCAGGCCUGAAGGUUUUGAACAUCGGUCAUGGAAUGGGUAUCGUGGACGGGUUCUUGCAGGAGAAGGCACCCGCAUCGCACCACAUCAUCGAAGCGCAUGCGGAGGUUGUGGCUGAGAUGAAACGGCGUGGCUGGGAUAGCAAGCCUGGUGUUGUGAUUCAUGAGGGCCGCUGGCAGGAUAUCCUGCCUGUUCUUGUAGGCAAUGGGGAGACGUUUGAUGCGAUCUACUACGAUACGUUUGCGGAGUCGUAUGCCGAUUUCCGGGACUUUUUCUCGGAACAGGUUAUUGGACUGUUGGAGCAAGAUGGCAAAUGGGGAUUCUUUAAUGGGAUGGGAGCUGAUCGCCAGAUCUCCUAUGAUGUCUAUCAGAAGGUUUCGGAGAUGGAUAUCUUUGAGGCGGGCUUCGACGUUGAGUGGGAGGAUAUUCCGGUGCCCAAACUGGAGGGCGAGUGGGAGGGCGUGAGGAGAGCUUACUGGGUGGUUGAUAACUAUCGCCUGCCGCUGUGUCAGUUUAUGGAUUAA